AUGUUUGACGAUAAGGACAAAGACUCUGGUCUACCCUUCCAUGAGCCAUCAACCGCACCUCCCUCGGAGGACCGAAGGAAGCAUCAUGUCUUACGUACAGAGGUCACAGCUUUCUUGGGAGAGCUAAUCGGCACGUUCAUGUUUCUAUCCCUGGCUUUCACUGGUACUCAGAUCGCGCUCAAUGCCGCGGGCACCAACGACUUGACGGCAUCUUCGAACCCGAUUCCCGAUGUUGGGAAGCUUCUCUAUAUCGCCUUCGCCUUUGGCGUCUCUCUGGCUAUCAACGUCGCCAUAUUCGCCGACAUCAGCGGCGGUAAAUUCAAUCCAGCAGUUACUGCCGCCUUGUGGCUCACACGAAAGAUACAUUGGCAUCGUGCACUCCAAACUAUCAUAGCGCAGAUGAUAGCUGCUAUCGCCGCAGCAGGCUUCGUCUCUGGUCUUUUGCCUGGCGCCCUCACCAUCGACACAAAGCUCGACGCAUCGAUUAGCGUGACGAGAGGUUUAUUCUUGGAAGCAUUUGUCACCGCGCAACUCGUCCUGAGCAUUCUCAUGUUGGAGGCCGGAUCAUCGAAACCAAUGUACAUCGGCUUGUCGCUAUUCAUCGCCGAGAUGUGCAGUGUCUACUUUACGGGUGGUAGCUUGAACCCAGCACGAAGUUUUGGUCCAGCAGUUGUCGUGGGAUUUACUAGUUAUCACUGGAUCUACUGGGUGGGUCCACUGGGAGGAGCAGCCGUGGCGAGCGGAGCUUAUGCGCUUAUCAACUUUUGCUUUCGUAACCCACAUAUCCUUAUCGCUAGCGAUGGAGCAAGAAGCCAUGUAAGAGCCACCGACAGAGACCCAAAGUUUCGAGAGAGGGACGGAACUGAUAAGAUUACCAGCACCACUGCAAACGAAUCGAAUUCUCCGCUUCUAUGCCUACCAGGCGAGAUCCGGAACCGCAUAUACGAACUCGCAUUCCGCGGGGAGAAUAUCACCAGAAAUGCUUUUCUCAAGACGUGCAAGCAGAUUGAGUACGAAGCGAAGCCGAUCUUUUACUCCAACCUUACUGUAUCAUUCGGCCACAAAUGGAACCUGCCGCGGAUGGUCAGAAGGGUUGAGCCGGAAAUGCUCAACAAGAUUACAUCAGCUUGCUCUUCCGCGGUGAUACUGUUUGGGAGGUUCCAGUACGCAAGGUUCUUACCGGGACUGAAGUACUGGCACAUCUACCCCGAAGAUACACCUCCGCAACCUCAUGAAUAUGGAUCUCGACAGCAUGUAGGAACUCAAACCUAUCAUGAGAUUCCUCUCAUACUCACAUAUCCUAAUAGUACCGCCGCAAACCAGCGCAACUCACCUCUCCUGCGCCUUCCGGCUGAGCUCCGAAACAAAAUCUAUCGCUACGCGUUCGAAUCCAAUGAAGUAUGUCUUACUGCGCGCGGCUUCUAUCAUCGCUACUUCAGAACAUUGAGGAUUCAUCCUAUGAGCUUAGCGCAAAGUUGCUCGCAGUGCCGCUACGAAGCUCUUCCAUACUUUUGGUCAAGCACGACCUUCAAUCUGGGUUUUCUUGGUGUCGAUGGUUUCGCAUGGCAUGUACCCCAUGAUUUGCGCCAUCAGAUCAAAGUCAUCAACGUCCCAGUGGGGUUGUUCCAAGAUCUUGUGCGCCGAGAGUCUAUUGUUGAACGGCCGUGUGCCAGGCUAGAGACAGUCAUUCUACCGAGGUACAUGGUUCAUCUCUACAGCCGUGACUACAUCGAAGAGAAGCUCAAAGUGAGUCUUGGGAAGGACCUCGAGAUCAUUUACGUCGACUGA